CUACGGUUCACGCGGUUUGUGGGGAUCAGAAGGUACCACCAAACACCGCGUCUUCACUUCAAUACUCAACCAAGCUUUUUCAACACAACAGAACAACAAAGUCAUAAUCAAACAAACUUCUCUAUAUGAUAUUUGCCAGUCUUCCUCUUCGUCCUUAACCUUUUCUGAAUUUCUUCUUUUGAUUGUAUUUGGGAACAGAAAUGGUGCUAAUAACAGUGCUGUUAUUAGCAGUUCUAUUUCUUGCUGGCUUCUUAAAUAUAUUCUUUCAUUUUCCUCGCAAGAAGUUUCUUGCAUGGGUGCAACAGUAUCUUUCACCCAACAAAUCUUCUUCUUCUUCUUCUUCUUCAGCUAUUUCUCAAGCACCCCAACAAGUUUCUCACAAAGAGAAGACUUCCCACAAUAAGACUGAGCUCAAGAAAGUCUUUGCCACCUUUGACAAGAACGGUGAUGGAUUCAUAACAAAGCAAGAGCUGAGAGAGUCAUUGAAGAACAUCAGGAUAUUUGUGACAGAGAAAGAGGUUGAAGAAAUGGUUUUGAAAGUGGAUGCUAAUGGAAACGGGUUGAUUGAGUUUGAUGAGUUUUGUGUGUUGUGUGAAGCCAUGGUUGGUCAAGAGGGAGCGAGCGAAGGAGAUGGGAAAGAAGGUGUAGGAAAGGAAGGAGGAGAGGAGGAUUUGAAGGAGGCUUUUGAUGUGUUUGAUAAAGAUAGAGAUGGGUUAAUUAGCGUGGAGGAGUUGGGCUCGGUUUUGUGCUCUUUGGGGUUAAAGGAAGGAAAGAAGAUUGAGGAUUGCAACGAGAUGAUAAGGAAAGUGGAUAUGGAUGGGGAUGGUAUGGUUAAUUUUGUUGAGUUUAAGAGCAUGAUGAAAGGUGGAGGAACCCUUCUCUUUGGCACCUAAUUCUCUCUAUGUAAGCUCUCGAUCUCUCUAAUUACACAUGCACACACAUAAAUAUAAUUAGCAGAAAGCGUAAAAACAACAAUGGAACAGUAUUUAUCACUACAUAUAUAUUCUAUGCUAUGCUUCAAAGCUCUAAGCAACAGACUAUGAAAGCAUAUAUUAUUGGGAUUACAACGAAGUAGCUAGGUGUUUCAUUUCAUCCUUCGAACAAUUUCUAUAUAAGAAGUUCAUCGAUCAACCUCACAUGGAAAAGAAAGUCUGUGUGUAUUUACUAUUUAGAAUUAGAGCUUCGAGUAUGUAAUUUCAUUUUUUCCUUUUUGUUUGGUUUUUAAGGACUGGUCCGGAUCUGUGGCCCUUGUUUGUCCUAUGUACAUAUGAUAUUUCACUCUUCAUAAGCUGUUUGGUCAAUAGACUCAAUACCGCGGUGUUUAUUAUA